UUUGAGUGAAUUUCGGAAGAAGAAAAUUGAUCGACGUUGUAGGCUUGGAGCUUGCUCAGCCAAACCGUACAAAGACGAAGCUCACAGUGCAGUUGAAGUAGAAGUGCUUCGAGAGGCUCUUUCUAUCUUUCUUCAAACGUAGUCCAUCAUCUCAGAAUGGCCACAACUCUUCGUUGCCCUCAAGCAGUAGCACCACUUCCAUGGAGGGCGAGAAGGCCCAACAACAGCAGAGGCACAAUCCCAAUGGGGCCCCGCCAGGUGUCGAACAUCCGGGCCUUCGGGCGAAGCGACAUCGGAAGCUUCGCGAGGGACGCGUGGCGGAGCGCCAACGACGGAUUCGAGCGGUUCCUAUUCGAGGCCAAGAAGACGGCGGAGCGCUUGGACCGCCGAUACGCCCUUUCGCACCGCUUCGACACCAUCGCUCAGUCCGCCGCCGCUCGCGCCCGUGAAAUUGACAGAGACCUCGAGAUUGGGACUCGCUGGCGCGCCUUUAGCAUGGAUUUUAGCAGAAAUUUGCCUAGGUACAGGAAGCAGCUUAAUGAUUUCCUGGAAACCCCAUUGGGAAGAAGUUUUGCGACAAUCUUCUUCCUGUGGUUUGCAUUAUCCGGAUGGCUUUUUCGGUUAUUGAUAUUCGCUACAUGGGUACUGCCAUUUGCUGCUCCUCUGGUCAUUGGAGCGGUUGCCAAUAACCUUGUUAUUAAGGGGGCUUGUCCAGCUUGCAAGAGGCAAUUUGUUGGUUACAAGAACCAAGUAAUUCGUUGUGCAAGCUGCGGAAACACUGUGUGGCAGCCAAAAGGGGACUUCUUUUCAAGAGAUGGUAGAGGUCCGUCUUCGUCGAAAUCAGAACCGGAGAUUAUUGAUGUUGAGUUUGAAGAGAAAUGAGGAGAUACCCAAGUUGUGUGGAAGAUCACGCCUGGCAGUUCUUCUUAUGGUCUGCAGUGAAUCAAGUUAGUAUGAGUGAUCAGCAAAAGUUUUGGUGCUCCUUGUGGCAGUUUUAAGCGAGAAAAUUGGUAUGUCUUGAGAAAGAAAAUUAAAUUUACUGUGCUCUUAUUACUUCAAUUUUCUGUAUUAUUGGGCAGCAAGCUACUCUCUUCCUUUUGGCCAAGGGUCGUAAAGGUUGUGUAGCAUGGAUUUAGCUAUGUCAAUGUAGUUACUCUGUCAGUAUCGAGCAACGAAAAGAAACCGGUCAAACACAAAUGCAGAUAUACAGUGCAGAAAAGCUCAUGAAAUCUUUUACUUGCGUAUUUUGAAGUCAUGUUUUUAGAGGAGAAUCUCGUAUCUCUGUUUGUAUACUCCAAGAAUCUGCUUUUGUUGCAGUGUAUUGUUGUUUAUUGCCAUUUUGAGCUUGGUAUCAUUUUUGUU